GCGGCUACGUAAUGAGUACGGUGUCUGGGUGACGCAGCGGUCUGUCUGGCUGUCAGUCAGUGCCAGUGUUGGCGGGAGAUUCCAGCAUGGCUGUGCAGCCUAAGGAGAAGCUGUCCAUGGACAGCGGGGCGGAGAGCGGCUUCCUCAGCUUCUACCACUCCAUGCCGGACAAGCCGGAGACCACCGUGCGGGUGUUCGAUCGCAACGACUACUACACGGUGCACGGCGGGGACGCGCUCUUCGCCGCUAAGGAGGUCUUUAAGACUAAUGGGGUCAUCAAGUACCUGGGCUCAGGGAGCAAGAAACUGGAGAGUGUGGUGCUCAGUAAAAUGAACUUUGAGUCUGUAGUGCGGGACCUUUUGCUUGUCCGCCAGUAUCGUGUAGAAGUGUACAAAAACAAGUCGGGAAGCAAAUCCUCAAAGGACAAUGACUGGCAACUGGCUUUCAAGGCCUCACCAGGAAACCUCACGCAGUUCGAGGAGAUUCUGUUUGGAAACAAUGACAUGUCGUCUGCAGUUGGAGUUGCAGGCAUCCGGUUGGUCAGUGCUGAUGGACAAAGAGUGGUUGGUGUUGGUUAUGUGGAUUCAACGUUCCGGCGGCUUGGAGUUUGUGAAUUCCCUGAUAAUGAUCAGUUCUCAAAUCUGGAAGCUUUACUCGUUCAGAUUGGGCCAAAGGAAUGUGUGAUGCCGGGGGGAGAUGCGGCCGGUGACAUGGGGAAAGUCAGACAGAUUGUCCAGCGUGGUGGGAUCCUCAUUACAGAUAGAAAAAAAGGCGAGUUCACCACCAAGGACUGUGUACAAGACCUGAACCGUUUACUCAAAGCAAAGAAAGGAGAACAAGUCACGAGCGCUGCGUUACCGGAGAUGGAGAAGCAGGUUGCAAUGUCGGCUUUGUCAGCAGUCAUGAAGUAUUUGGAGCUUCUGUCGGAUGAGUCAAACUUUGGACAGUUUCAGAUGAGCAGCUUUGACCUGAGUCAGUACAUGAAACUAGAUAAUGCUGCUGUAGGUGCAUUAAAUCUCUUCCAGGGCUCGGCUGAGGACACAAGUGGCACGCAAUCACUGGCUGGGCUGCUCAAUAGAUGCAAGACCCCUCAGGGUCAGAGAUUGAUCAAUCAGUGGAUCAAGCAACCGCUUAUGGACAAGAACAGAAUUGAGGAGAGGUUGAAUUUGGUUGAGGCGUUUGUGACUGAUGCAGAGCUCCGGCAGUCUCUACAGGAAGAUCUACUGCGGCGCUUUCCGGAUUUUAAUCGCUUGGCAAAGAAAUUCCAGAGACAGACUGCAAACCUGCAGGAUUGCUACAGACUACAUCAGGCUGUAAAGCAGCUCCCUGGCGUAGUUCAUGCCUUGGAGAGAUAUGAAGGACCCCACCAGAUGCUGCUGCUGGCCGUCUUUGUGACCCCGCUCACUGAUCUUUCUGUGGACUUCUCUAAAUUCCAAGAAAUGAUAGAAACUACAAUGGACAUGGAGCAGGUAGAAAAUCAUGAGUUUCUGGUAAAAGCUUCUUUUGAUCCCAACCUGACAGAACUGAGGGAGAAGAUGGAUGACCUGGAAAGGAACAUGCAGGCUACGCUCAGCGGUGCUGCCAGGGAACUAGGACUGGAUCCUGGGAAAAGCAUAAAAUUGGAAUCUAACGCACAACUGGGUCACUAUUUCCGGGUAACCUGCAAGGAGGAGAAGUCCCUGAGAAACAACAAGAAGUUUACAACAAUUGACAUCCAGAAGAACGGAGUGAGGUUCACCAACAGUAAACUGAGUUCGUACAGUGAGGAAUACAUGAGAAACAGGGAGGAGUAUGAGGAGGCGCAGAAUGCGAUCGUUAAAGAAAUCAUUAAUAUCUCUUCUGGAUAUGUGGAUCCGAUUCAGACUCUGAACGAUGUAAUUGCUCAGUUGGAUGCGGUUGUCAGCUUUGCUUACGUCGCUAAUGGAGCACCGGUGCCAUAUGUUCGCCCCGUCAUCUUGGAGAAGGGACAGGGAAGAAUCGUGCUGAAAUCUGCCAGACACCCGUGUAUUGAAGUGCAGGACGACGUGGCGUUCAUUCCCAAUGACAUAAUGUUCGAGAAGGAGAAACAGAUGUUUCAUAUUAUCACUGGUCCUAAUAUGGGUGGUAAAUCCACGUAUAUUCGCCAGACGGGAGUGAUUGUCCUCAUGGCUCAGAUUGGCUGCUUUGUACCAUGUGACUCGGCGGAGGUGAGCAUAGUGGACUGCAUCCUAGCACGAGUCGGAGCGGGAGACAGCCAGCUCAAAGGAGUCUCCACUUUCAUGGCUGAGAUGUUAGAAACUGCCUCAAUCCUCAGAUCAGCAACUGAGGACUCACUGAUCAUUAUUGAUGAACUGGGAAGAGGGACCUCCACCUAUGAUGGCUUUGGACUGGCCUGGGCGAUCUCAGAGUACAUCUCCUCUAAAAUCCGAGCAUUUUGCAUGUUUGCCACCCACUUCCAUGAAUUGACUGCUCUGGCUGACCAGGUGCCAACCGUGAACAAUUUGCACGUCACAGCACUUACAACAGAUGAGACUCUGACCAUGCUCUACCGGAUCAAGAAAGGUGUCUGCGACCAGAGUUUUGGAAUUCAUGUAGCGGAGCUGGCUAACUUUCCAAAACACGUGAUUGAGAACGCCAAAUCGAAGGCUCUGGAGUUAGAAGAAUUCCAGUUUAUUGGGACUCAGUCGGACGGUGAGGAGGAACCGGCCUGCAAGAGGCGUUAUAAAGAGAAAGAGGAAGGUGAGAAGAUAAUCCAGGAGUUUCUUUCCAAAGUGAAAGCUCUGCCACUUUCCGAAAUGUCUGAGGAAGACAUAAAGUUUAAACUGAAUCAGUUCAAAGCCGACGUUCUAGCGAAGAAUAAUAGCUUUGUCAAUGAAGUUAUUUCCCGCACAAAGGUAUCCUCCUGAACCUCUGAAGGAAAAGCGCAUAUUCUGGGAAGGGUGAGCGCUAUCUCUGGCUGUUCUCUCAGCUGUUUGUAGUACUGUAACGAAUUGGGAAAUGCUCUUUGAGGAUCUGCUGUAGAAAGGAAUAAAACGUUUUCGUUUUUUUGUA